UAAAUGUAGCAUUUUACAGGAAAACAAGUCAUCUAUCAUGAUGGUGCAAAAGCUAAGCGGUAUCACUUUCCUGCUGUUGCUGUGUCAACAUGCAUGUGCAGAUGAUCAAACAAAACAUUCAGUGGUCUGUCAAGGAAAAAAUGCGUAUCUCACAUGUGACUCUGGAUUCAUACAUAUCUUGGAUGCCAACUAUGGACGGACUGAUAUAUCAACUUGCUCAGAAGGAAAACCACUUCAGCAGAUCUCAAAUGUUUACUGCUACCAAGAAACAUCCUUCCGUACAAUGAGUGUUAGGUGUAAUGGAAGAGGAAGCUGUUCUGUUGAUGCAGAGAACUCAGUUUUCUCCGAUCCUUGUUCUUUGACUUAUAAAUACCUGAAAGUGUCUUAUGAGUGUCGCCAACUGCAAAAAAGUAUAACUUGUGAAAGUUUCCAAAGUGUCAUUGCCUGUGACAGUGGUUUUAUUUCUGUUCAUCACGCCAAUUAUGGACGGCGGGAUUUUUCAACUUGCCCCCAUGCAACAGGAAAAUCAGUCUGUUACUUUCCUCAGACCACUGGCAUGCGUUCCAGGUGCAAUGGAAAGAGGUAUUGUGAUAUAGAUGCUUCAAAUCAGGUGUUCUCCAAUCCAUGUGGCAACGUCUAUAAGUACCUGGAAGUGACGUAUUCCUGCGAAAAAGCUUAUUCAAACCCCUGCAGACAGUCGGUCAGAACUGUGCAAGGACAUCUUGAAGAAUUCAGCCCAGACUUCAGAAUCUCAGUAAAGCGUUUACUGAUGGAUGACCACAGUGCAGAUAAGGGGAACGUAGUGCUGCCGCCUGGUGGUGCUGUGCCUUCAGGGAAGGCCAAUGAGGAAAACAUGAUUGACAACCCAUAUCUUCGGCCAGUCAAAAAGCCCAAAAGUUUUCCUUUUGUUCACACAUUCAACAUGCUGGUGCAAAAGCUAAGCUGGAUCAGUUUGCUGCUCUUUCUGUGUCAACAAGGAAUAGAGGCAAAAAGAACAGUGGCCUGUGAAGGACAAUCUGUGCGCCUCCACUGUAUUUUAGGAUUAAUAAAGGUGAUUAAAGCCAACUACGGGCGGACUGAUCGCACAACAUGCACUUAUAGGAUGCCACCUGCCUCCACCUCAAACAGACAAUGCUUUCAGCGAGAAUCCCUCCAUAUAAUGUCCACUUGGUGUGAUGCAAGAAAGAGCUGUUCUGUUCCUGCAUCGAACUCAGUUUUCUCUGAUCCUUGUGCUUGGACUUAUAAAUACCUGGAGGUGUAUCAUGUCUGUGUCCAUAAAGAUGCAUUGCGAAGAAGCCAAUUAAAUACUUCAGAUUAUGCCCGCGCUGACCCCGUCACAGUGUCCAUAAGUACCUGGAAGUGAUGCACAACUUUGUAUAACUUAGUGUCUACCCUGUUACUUAAAUGUAUUUUAUAUGUUUUGGGUGAAAAGGAAACAGUUUUGAUUAAAGAUAAAGUCAUAAAGAUAUAGAUAUUGUUGCUGCUAAUUUUGUUUUUGGUCUGACAAAUAUCAGUUCACUCUCCAGUGAUUUGUUUUAACGCAGUCUAUGCUGGGGUUUAGAAUGAAAACUUAAGAUCAUAACAAGCCUGUAAUUUCACAGCUUACGUAUUGAUUAGGCAGGGUGUAAUGAUCAUGUUUCAAUAAAUCAAAAUAAUGGGAAGUAAAUAUUUAGACACUUUAGAGAUGCUUUAGAAAUGGGCUAUCAUAAAUGUCACAGUGCAAAACAAAACAAAACAAAACAAAACAACUUUAUCAUGCUAAAAAGGCUUGUGUAGUAUAAUUUCUUUUUCUUUU